AUGGUGGUGGCCCUUAGUGGCAGGAUAUCCAGAUCCAAGCAAGCUAUUUUGCUAGUUUCAUUCUUAUUUCCACAAGCAUUUGGGGUGAAUGUGUCAAGACCCAACAUUUUGCUGCUCAUGGCAGAUGAUCUUGGAUAUGGUGAUUUGGGAUGCUUUGGUAAUGACACCAUUAGGACACCUAAUAUUGACCAGUUGGCAAAGGAAGGUGUGAGACUCACUCACCACAUUGCUGCAGCCUCACUUUGUACUCCAAGCAGAGCAGCUUUCCUGACCGGCAGAUACCCCAUCAGAUCAGGCAUGGCAGCCACAACUAAGUUACGAGUCAUAACCCGGGCUGGUUGCUCAGGAGGGCUACCUGCAAAUGAAACAACCUUUGCAAGGUUACUAAAGCAGCAAGGCUAUGUCACUGGCCUAAUAGGAAAAUGGCACCUGGGUUUGAACAGUGAGUCCAGUAACGAUCACUGCCACCAUCCUUUAAACCAUGGCUUUGACUAUUUCUAUGGCAGCACUUUUACACUUAUUGAUGACUGUGCAACUUGGAAACAUUCUGUACUUGCUCCAGGAUAUCAAGCAACAGCCGUUUCUUAUGCUCAGACACUUGCCUUUUUCGUGUUCAUAUGUCUGCUCGGAAAUAUUACUGGAUAUUUCUCUGUGAGAUGGAAAAUAUGUGUUUUCAUUACUUUGGGUGGCAUCGUUUAUUUCACCUCUAUGUAUGCCCACUAUUUAUUUCUAAAACAUUGGAACUGUGUGAUAUUGAGAGAUCAUGACAUCAUUCAACAACCAUUGAAGUUAAAAGAUGCUGCUUUAGGGAUUGUGAGAGAGGCCAUCACAUUUAUUGAACGAAACAGAAAAGGACCGUUCCUCCUCUUUGUUUCUUUCUUUCAUGUCCACACACCAUGUUACACUACAGAGCAAUUUCUAGGGAAAAGCAGCCAUGGGCUAUAUGGAGACAAUGUAGAGGAGAUGGACUGGAUGGUGGGAAAAAUCCUUGCUGCUAUUGACAGAGAGGGCUUGAGGAAUAACACUUUCACUUAUUUUGCAUCUGACCAUGGAGGAUAUUUGGAAGCUAAACAAGGGAAAGUCCAGCUAGGUGGCUGGAAUGGUAUAUACAAAGGAGGAAAAGGCAUGGGAGGCUGGGAAGGAGGAAUCCGUGUGCCUGGAAUAGUUAGAUGGCCAGGAAUGGUUCCUGCUAAUACUCUUCUGGAUGAACCAAUAAGUCUGAUGGAUAUUUAUCCCACUGUGGCUCACUUGGCUGGGGCAUCAGUGCCACAAGACAGGGUGAUUGAUGGCAGGAAUCAGAGAGCAUUGCUGCAGGGAACAGUGCAACACUCAGAACAUGAGUUCAUGUUUCACUACUGUGGAUCACACUUACAUGCAGCACGUUGGUACCAGAAGGAGAGUGGUGCUGUCUGGAAGGUUCAUUAUGUGACACCAAACUUUGAUCCGAAGGGAACUGAAGCCUGUUACACAAAUUUAAUAUGUGACUGUUUUAAAAAUGUGACUUAUCACAACCCUCCUCUCCUUUUUGACCUGUCACGUGACCCUUCUGAAGCCAACCCUUUGUCAGCAACCUCGGAGCCACGUUUUCACACAGUUGUAAGCCAAGUUGAAAGAGCAGUGGCGGAGCAUCGUAAGACACUCACUUCUGUUCCCAGUCAACUUGAUCCACCCAAUAAUCAAUGGAAGCCAUGGCUGCAGCCAUGCUGUGGGAUUUUCCCUUUCUGCUGGUGUGAUAAAGCAAGUAAUACGGGAGACAUAAUUAUUUAA